AUGCGCUUCUCAACAGUGCCCCUCCUGGCGCUGCCAGUCCUCGCUGCGGCGCAAGAAUCACCUCUAGAACAGGCCAAAGCUCAAGCUGAAUUCUGGUACAACCAAGUCUCCGCAAAGCUCUCCACUUUCUCGUCCUACAUCCCCAAAGCAGACAAGGCGCAUUCCCCUCACAUUGGGUCCGAGGCCGCUGUUAGAGCUGGAGGCAAGACUCUCAACAUCCUGACCUUGAAUCAUUGGGAAGAGACCAUCCGAUCAAGCGUCACGCCCGAGAGUACCACCCCCGAGGAGUGGUGGGUUUUGAUCACCGGGGGGAACAAGACUUGCUUCGGCCAGUGUGGUCAAAUCGAGGACGCCUUCAACGAGACAGCAGCUCUUUGGUCUCUUCACCCCACCGCUCCUCACUUGGGAUACUUGAAUUGUGAGAAUCAGCCAGUACUCUGCAAUGCUUGGUCUGCUGGUCCUCCAUCGCUGUUCUUCUUCGAGGUUCCGCCCAAGCCCGCGCCAGUUAUCCAGCGGUCCAGGAGAUUGAAUACCACCACUACCGAGGUCAAGACCUUCACUGAUCUCCUCUCCAGCCAGUCGUAUAAGAGUUUGCCGGUUUACGAGGGUGUCUUCCAGCCCUUUGACGGAUUUUUUGCCCAGUAUGGUCUUGCUAUCCCUUUGGGAUACUUCUUCUGGGUCUUUGCCGUCAUUCCGAAUUGGAUGUUUAUGAUUGGUAUUUCAUUCAUGAGCAGAAGCGUCAUGUUAGCAGCAUCCAGUUCUGAGUAG